AUGAGCAAGUAUUCCAUUAAAAAUUUACUUAAAUUUACGGACCGAGGUUCGUCGAAUCUUGCAACAUCUCUGUUGGAUGAAAUUGUGAGUCGCGAUAAUGUGGAUGAAUCAUGUCCUCUUUACUCAAUGGCCAAUUUUAAAAAGAGUGGAUCUUUUAUUGAACGAUACCUACUAGAGGGAGACAAAGAACUUGAAAAAUUAGCAAAGGAAGAGAUUCUUGAAUACAUGUACAAUGACGGAAAAGGGGAAGCUUUGACUCGUAAUGUAAAUCAUCAGGAAACUGUUAAUUUAAAUAAUGACACCAAAGAAAAAAGUCGUCGCACAGUUUGCUGGAAAUUGAGCCAUAGAGGAAUACUGGGAGAGUCUCUCCUUCAUAUUCUAGCCAUCUGCAAUACAGAUGCUCACACUCAAAUAGCAUUGUAUUUAUUAGACCUGUACCCAGCUUUAGCUCAAGAUAUUGUGGAAGGCGAAGAAUAUUACGGCGCAAGUGCUAUGCAUUUUGCUAUUGCAUAUGAUAAUGGAAAGCUGAUGAGGAAGAUAGUAGAUGUAGGAGGUGAUAUUUUUCAAAGAGCGAACGGAAAAUUCUUUAUGCCGAUUGAUCAACAAUGGCCGAUUCCUCGGGCAAAAACAAAUUUCGAAGGAUUGAGUUACUUUGGCGAGUACCCUUUAGCGUGGGCGGCUUGCUGCGACGAUGAAUCAAGCUAUAAUUUGCUCCUAAAACAUGGAGCUGAUCCAAACAUGCAAGAUACGUUUGGAAACAGUAUUUUGCAUGUUCUUGUCAUACGUGAUAAGUUGAAAAUGUAUGGUUACGCCUUACGGCAUCCGACCAAACCAGCAUCUGAUAACCUGAUCAACAAAUUCGGCCUCACUCCACUUACUCUGGCUUGCAAACUGGCUCGUAAUACUAUUUUUAGAGAAAUGUUAGAAUUCAGUUCCUUGGAAUACUGGAGAUACAGUAAUAUUACUUGCUCGGGGUACCCGCUGAAUGCUUUAGACAGUCUACGACCCGAUGGACGCGCAAAUCUGAAUUCAGCGCUGAUGAUAAUAUUAAAAGGAAAUUCAACAGAGCAUUUGGACAUGUUAGAAGGUGGAGUAAUUCAACGUCUAUUGGAAGAAAAAUGGAAAACAUUUGCUCAACGCUGUUUUUACCGAAGACUAGGCAUGAUGCUCUUCCAUUUGUUAAAUUUGAGCAUAGCAGUUUUUCUACGACCUACCACACGCGAAGCUUUGUUAGGAAAAUAUGAUGCAGCUUCUAUCGUUAGGUAUUAUGCUGAAAUAGCUACUUGUCUAGGAUGCAUCGGAUUUGGAAUAUUCCAGCAGGUGCAAGAAAUUCUAGCUCAAGGCUUGGCAGGAUUUUUAGUUAGCUUGACAACUAGUCCAACAAAAUCUGCUUUUGUGAUGUCGUGUUAUAUGAUUCUUUCUUGCAUACCAUGUCGAAUACUCGGAGACAGAGAAACUGAAGACAUUCUUCUCACCCUGGCUAUUCCAAGCUCAUGGUUUUACCUCAUUUUCUUUGCAGGGGCUGUUCGUCUAACUGGUCCAUUUGUGACAAUGAUUUACAGUAUGGUUGUUGGGGACAUGUUUCGAUUCAGCAUCAUUUAUACAAUUUUUCUCUUUGCUUUUACUCAAGCUUUUUAUUUCCUGUUCAAAAAUCAGCCUAACCAUAGGGGAGAUAGUAACAAAAGAUUUUCUUCUUAUCCUGUUACAUGGAUGGGCUUAUUCCAUAUGACUUUAGGAUCCUAUGAUUAUGAAGAAUUUCGAGAGACAUAUUACAAAAAAAUGACUCAAAUGGUGUUUGCUAUUUUCAUGGUCUUCACACCAAUUCUUCUUCUUAAUAUGCUUAUAGCCAUGAUGGGUAAUACUUAUUGUGAAGUCAUCACGCAGUCUGAGAAAGAGUGGGUAAAACAGUGGGCAAACAUCAUAGUAGCUUUAGAGAGAGGAGUGGACAGCGCGUCUGCCAAAGAGUAUAUGCAGAAUUACUCCCUCAAAAUGCCAUCCAAUGAUAAGGAAACUGAAGUGAGAGGAGUCAUCGUGAUUAAAACGAAGUUAAAAUCAAAAGCAAAAGAGAAGAAACAAGCACUCUCUUGUUGGAAGCGUGUCGGAAAAAGAACUAUUCAAACUCUAAGAAAAGUCGGGGGAAGUGCUGCUGAUGUCAGGAAGCGAUACAACUUGUUCCGAUCAAAGCAACCCACUGCACGUUUACGUAUGGGCAAAAUUGUGAUGGAGUGGAACCCAAUACCUACUCCUACAAAUCCGCCUUAUAUGCCCAAUCCAGAACCGGAAACUGAAGAAAGAGCUGGAUUUAACGAUCUUUUGUCGCAAGUAGCAUCAGCAACGGGAAUGGAGAUUGAAAUUAAUAAUCCAAUAAAACAAACAAAUGAGAACAUUACAGAAAAUUCAUUAGCAUUGCCUCAAUAUGAAGAAUGUGCAAAUAAUUCUCAUGCUCAUCUCACAGGGUUAGACAGCAGCAGAAGCAGCAAUCACAAAACACCACAUGCAAAGCACUAUACUAGUGGGAAAAACUUCAAGAAGCAGUGUGGGAAGAGUUUCUUCAGUCUGUUGUUCGAAUGGGCCAACUAG